AUGGAAGGAAGUGAAAAGGGAAGUAACGGGGACUCUAAAUUUGAUUCCCUUGAGGAAGCUUUAAACCGUUUAGGAGAUUUUGCGGGAAUCAGUGACCUUCAGAAAAGACGAAAAGCCCUUAAAUUAUUAAAUUCUAUUUUCAAGGAAUGGGUUAAAUACGAAUAUGGGAAGAAAAAGAGGACAAAAUCGGAUCCGACUUAUAGAAAACUAUUGCUCCCAUAUGGUUCCUAUCGUCUCGGUGUCUGUUCGGAAGACGAUGAUAUUGAUACUGCAUUGGUUGUUCCGAUAUGGAUUUCCAAAAAGGCUUAUUUUACUCUCUUCGCUGAGAUGUUAAGGGUUCAGGAUUCGGUAACCUAUACAAAUCUUGUUAGAAACUAUGGCAGUCUAUUGAUGCGAGCUAAAAUAAUGGGAAUAAAAUUCGAUAUAGUCCUGAUCAGAUUGAUGAAAGCAAAUGUUCCUGGCAAUUUUAAUGUUUACAAUUUAACUCCAAGGGCGGUUAAAAAAAUUGCUAUAAAACCCAAGCGAUUUGGAGGAAUACUAACCGCGUCCUUUAUUCUCGACAUUGUUUACUCCAAACAUGUUUUCAGGAAAGCACUAAAAGCAAUACGACUAUGGGCCAAAUCAUGUGGCAUCUAUUCCAAUACCUUUAAGUAUUUUAAUGGCAUCAGUUUAGCCAUCAUGACUUGCCGAAUUUGUAUGUUCUAUCCAGUAGAGUCGGCAGAGAUGAUUGUGUACCACUUCAUGCGAAUUUAUAGCCAAUGGGAUUGGAGAGAACAAGUUCGAAUUACCGCAUCCUAUCGCCACUAUUCUGCUACUCCACGCAUUUCAGUCGGUGGUUUAGGCAUAAAAAAUAACGUGGACACAUUAUCUCAUGUUAGUCAAGAUAGGAUGAAGAUUAUAUGCCAGAUGAUUAAGGACUGCGGCUUAAAUCGAGUGCUCGAAAUCAAAAAACACAAUCUUCCAUGGUCACACCUCUUUGAACGCAAAACCUUUUUUCACACCUAUCCUUAUUAUUUCGCCAUUAGCUUUUUCUAUUCCAGUGAGGCCGUUUUAGACAGAUUACGUCCACUUUUUGAAAUAUUCGUUCGUGAUAAAUCUAAAAUGUAUGAGGAAAAGGCGAGUGUUAAAUUCGUCCAUGUCAACUGUAACUCGUAUUGUGAAAGAAUUGGUAAAGACCAGAAGCCCUCUAUUAGGACCUGGUUUAUCGGUAUUGAAUUCGUAAAAACUGAAGAUUACUUUGUUGACACUGAAGAAGACCAAGUAUCUGGAUGUGAGACUCGCAUUAGAUCCUUCAAGGGAAGUCAAAUCGCCGAUUAUUUGCCUCCGGAAUUACAAUAG